CUGGCUUGCUGCUGGUGCAGAGCCUAGCUAGGGGAGAGAAACCGUGGGAGAAGGUAGAACACGUAUGAUAAAAAAAGAAGUAGAGUUAAAGAUCGAUAAACAUCUGGUAACGUGGAAGAAAGAAACUGAACAGGUAUCACCAGCAACUUGGCAACAUCUUUUCUCUCCCCUGGCUCUCCAGUGUAUCAUUAUUUCCCCCCUCAUCUUCACCGGUGCAAAAACUAUCCGAACACCAGCAAGACAGAAGAAACAAAUCUCCAAUGAGUUUUCAGCCUGUCUGACAAAGUCAGAUGCACUACAGCUACCAAAGUCAACUGUCUUUAAAAGUUAACUGUAACUGUUAACUUUUAACUGUCCUUUCCUAAGUUUGACGCUCCCAAAUCAACCAAAUCAAAGUUUCUGAUCUAAGUCUCAGAGCGCCUCAUCUUUCAUCAGCAUUACUCUCGUUAAGGCAGUCCAUUGAAGAAAGCUGUAAACAGCACUUAGCACCAUUAUGGCCUCCAUCACCCAGUUAUCUGAGCCCGAGAUCCCAGACAACCACAAAGAGAGCUGGCUGGCGCUUCUUUCUGCUGCGGAAGCUUAUUGCCAAAAGUCAGGCUGCGACCUGGCCAUACUAACAGCCUGUAAGAAGUUCCGGUCGUCGGCUGGAGACGCAGAUGGGGUGAGGAAGCGGGAGAGCAGCAGUGCCUUUCCGAGAGAGUGUGAUUUCUCCUACAACGUAUGGGGUCAAGGGUUUCUGGCUGAGUCAGCGCGCCGCUACAUGGACGACAUCGGCGUGCUGCACUCCACAACCCUGCUAACAGCCCAAAAGCACACACGCCAGGCUGGGGGAGAGGGCGGAAACAAGCUGGUGGUUGACCUGACCUCUGACCCCGGACACAGGGGGAACUUUACAGGAGACGGUGGAGUGGGCGGGGUCAGUCCCAACAGCAGACUGUACUCCCAAAGCUACCCGUCAAUCUACAGCUCAGGAGCUGGUACCGGGCAGGGCGCCGGGCAGAAUGGUAAUGGAGAGAGGGAAAGGGAGAAGAGUGUGCUGGAGGCCGAGAGAGGCAGGCAGAGGUCUGGGAUUGUGGAUUUGGAAGAAGAGUGUGAAGAUGAGGAAGAAGAGGAGGACAUGGAUGAGAGGAGACCCUACGGGACUGAAAGUGCUGGUGUCUUCUCAAUGGACGAGGACUCUCUGUCUCGGGACUGUGAGCCGUUCUUUGAAUCUGAUGGGGAGGAGGAGAGCACUGAUGGCUCUUUGAGCGAGGACGCUCCUCCUCCGCCUCGUGGCAUGGCGGUGGGUCAGGCUGCGUACUCGUCCCGUCACUCCCACCCCAUGGCUCUGGCCCGCUCGCUGCCCGUGUCUGUGCCCGUGUGGGGCUGCAGAGGAACCCGAGCUGCUCAGGGAGACAGUAACAGCGGAGAGCGGGUGGGCUGUGCGGACCUGGAGCACAUUGCUGCCAGUAUGAAAGCCCUGCUGGCCCCCGGAGCCACCGACGGGACGGAAAUGUUUGGGGCCCUGCCUCGGCCCCGUCUCAACACAGGGGACUUCUCCCUCAAGCACUGAGAGAGAGCGUGAGGCAAGUGGAGAGAAAGAGAAAGGGAUAGAGGGAGCGAAUUAGAGCGAUAAAGGAAACACGGUAGAGAUGUUGUCAUGACCUGGACUGGCUGGCAGUAUGUGAAACAGUAUGUGAAACAGUGUAAAAGCUAAUACCUCCAUUUAUUUCUCACUAACCAAAAUUAACAGCACAUGCUUUGAGGAGUCACUACAUAUUUCACAGUACUAGCAACUACACAUCCCCAAACACUACAUUAGGAUUGGACAAUCUAUUCCUUAGAAGAAGGGGUAGAAACCAGAGGAACGGCUGCCGAACGUAACACGAAGCUUGUGGCUUUUUCAAAAUGUGAGCGGAGGACACCAGCACCUCCUCAUAACAUGCCUGUUUGUACUUUUACUUUUGCCAAUGAAUCACUGACUGAUAGAAUGAUUGUAAAUCAAUAAUGAGAAAUAGAGGAUGGUAUUUUUUUUUUUUUUUUUUGCUCCAGAUUAUCUUGUUGAAAUGACUGAAUGAAUGAGAAAGUGGUUGUAUGUGUGUGUGUGUGAGUGAGAGAGAGAGAGAGAGCGAAAUGGGUUGAUUUAAAAGGAACAAAUGUCCAUCUCUGACAUUUCAAAAACAAAUAAAUGUUCCGUUAAGUACUUUUAUGUUUCAAAUAAAGGAGCAGCACCACGAGA